AAGCUGGUCAUGGACGCGCGCGUGCUGCUGGAGCGACUGCCGCUGGACAGGCUGCCACUGGUCUGGUCUACGAUGGGGUGCACCUCUAGGUCCAGCUCUAUGCACAGGGCGGGGUCCAGGUCUAGGCCCAAGGCGGGGUCCAGUUCUAGGCUCAAGGCGAGGUCUAGCGCUGGGUCCACAACAGAGUCCAGCUCCCAGUCCACGGCGGAAUCCAACUCUAGGCCCACGGCGGAAUCCAGCUCUAGGCCCACAGCAGAGUCUAGUUCCGGGCCGACUGCGGAGUCACGUCCCGAGAUGUCCGCGGAGCGCGGCUGGCGGCGCGUGCAGCUGCCAGAGAGCGCGCGGGGCGCGGGGCGCGGGGGGCGCGGGGGGCACGGCGCCCCCACGGCCGCCGUGCGCCCCAUGUGUGUCACACACACACGGACAGAGCCGGACGACAAUGCGGCCCCCGCGACCAAGCGGCGACGCAGUGAGGCCGGGUGUGACAUGCCCGGCGCACUCACGGCGCCGUCCACGGCAACGGUACCUACGUCAACGUCGAUAUCCUCGUCAGCGUCGACUUCUUCAUCCACGUCGACGUCAUCGACAGCAGACGCUGGGGCCGAGCACAGGAGAGCCGCGCGGCGCCGCCUGUGUCAGCUGUACGCCACCUUCGCCGCACUACUGCCGGAGAGUAUCACGUCAAUACCAAACAUUAAGCCGCCGCAACCGUCGCGCUCAGCGAGGAAGAGAAGCCGAGCGAGCAGUCCGCCAGCCACCAGUAAGAGUACACCAGCGCCCACUGAUACUACGCUACUGACCACUAAAAUUACGCCAGAAACCAGGAAAAAUACACCGGUCAACAAUGAAAGUCCGCCUAGUAAAUGUACUCCAGAGCGUAGAAAAAGUACAUCAUUAACAAAUGAAAGUACGUCAGUGCCCAGUAAAAGUAGAAAUAUUAAAUGUGAAGGCAUGAGUACGCCCACUAAAGCUACGCCAGGAACUAAUACAAGUUGUCGUGCGAACAGUACAAUAUCAAAUAUUCCAGAGACUUCCGAAAGUACGCCAGUGCGCAGUAAUAGUAUGAAAAUACACAAAAAUGAAAAUACGUCAACGUCUAGAAAUAGUACACCAGUUAAAGUUGAAGAAACGCCAGCGUUGAAUACAAAACUCACUGAUACAGUCCCGCGGGUUGAUAGUAAAAGUACGCCAGUGAGCAGUAAUAGUGCUACGCUGAUUGGUUCUACUGUCACUAUCGGGAUCUCAGUGUUCUCGCCGCCGACACCGACCAGUACGCAUGCGCCGGGGAUACUGGACGGUACGCCAACAUGCAGUGCCAGUACUGUGACGUCAGAACCAAAGUCGGUGACCUCUACUCGUCCACACACUGCGCCGCCGGGGACUUCGCCACUCAAGCCGGGGGUGUCACUAUUGAAACCUCUACAGCGUGACACAGCUGCCACCACUGCAGCCAGAGCCCCGCCGGCCGCUGACGUGACUCGUCUGGCUGGGUAUGAAGAGUGGCAGCGACAGAAGGCGGCCAACGCGAAGUACUUCAACAUCAACACGUCCACUAAUGUCAAGAAGCGGGCCCCGCCACCCUCCACCACUGCGUCACUGAGUACACUCCCAGCGGGACCCCCGAUACCGGCCGAGACCCUGCUAACAAUCGACGCCCCUUUAACAACCGGAGCCUCGUCAACAACAGGGACCCUUUUAACCUCCAAAGCCCCGUUAUCAAGUGAGACCCCACUACAGACCUUCGCUCCGCUACCGACCGGGGCUUCGCUACCGCCCGGGGCUUCGCUAUUGCCCGGGGCUCCGCUACUGAUCAGGGCCCCUCUACAGACUGGAGCCCCGCCUGUGACCCCGUUACCGUCGGAAACCGUGAUACGGUCUAUGACCCCGCUACAGGCUUUGGCCCCGCUCCUCGCCCCCGGUCAACCUGCCCCGGUCGUGGUGGUCAUCCAGAAUACCAUAAACAACGUGUACGGAGCGACCCCGGGCCCCCCCGGGCCCCGCGCCCGCGGCACGAACAUGCUGCGACACGGAGACUACAUCGAGAUCUCAGACUCGGACUAGUCUCUCACACACACACUGCAAUAUUAAUUGUAAAGUAUGUAGUAUAAGACACGUGCGUCGAGGAGUAGAUGUCAAUACUUGUAUUGUAGUAAGUGAUAAUAAUGUAAUGAAUGUGUUGCUUGGUACGUCCAAAGCCACCGAUGUGUUUCAUCAGACAAUGUGUCACUAUUUACCAUUAAGUCUAGUCGUAAGAUGAAGUGGAACUGCGCAGUACCAUGUACUGUGUCGCCAUACUGAUAAUUAUGUAAGUAAAGUAAUACACGGGAUGCAGGCGGCGCCGGGUGACGUCGUAAUAUAUUGUAUUAUUGUCUGUAUAUACUGUCCAUGCCGGUCCCCGCCUGCUCGUGUCGCCGGUCCCUGGCACCCACCGCUGCUAUAUAGAUCGAGUCAAUUAUUAUAAGAGUAAUAAUUUACAAAUUAUGAAAUAAAUAAUUUUACUAUAAAAGUA